AUGCGAAUAUUACAACUUUCACUUGAGGAUUCUUAUAUUGCAAAAAAAAAAUCUGAUUCAAAAGUGAUAAAAGACGUUCCAUUAGAACCCGGAAAGGACUUGUUGUUUAGAAUACGCUUUUAUAGACCAUUUUUUCAUGGUAAAGAAAGACAUAACUCGCGGCACUCGGUGUUCAGCCGCGACGUGGUGGCGCCGGGGUGCUGGGAGCUGCAGGAGCUGCGCGACCGCGUGGUGUGCCCCAACGACGCCGACCUGCGCCUCGACGUCUCGCCCGCGCCGCACGACGCGCCCGAGACCACCUCCAAGGUGCCCCUCUCUCUUUCUCGCCCUCUCCCCUCUCGCUCUCUCUCGCGCUGCGCGACCGCGUGGUGUGCCCCAACGACGCCGACCUGCGCCUCGACUCUCUGUCUCAUCCCCUCUCUUUUGCUACCAGGGAGG